AACGUUUGUAGUCAUCUCGUAGAUGAACACCAAGCGCACGCCAUUGAUACCAAUCGUUAUCACUUCAAAACCUCCAAAUUCAUGCUCCUAAUCUACGUAAACAUUUGAAGUAAGAGAGAAAAUUCUCGAAAACCCCAAACUUUCAAUCCAGAAGCACAAUUGGGGCAACAAAGCAACCGAUUUAUCAUUCUAAUUCAUCACCAUCCGUUGACGUUUUGCCACCGCGAUCGGGGAAUUAGUUUAUAUGGAGCGAAGACGGUGGCUGAUGCUGCUGCUGAUGGCGUGCUUAUUUGUUGGUUCAACUGGCAGAGGAUUCAGGAUCAAGCAUACAGUUGAAUCAGCGGCAUACAAUCACACACUUGCCACAAUUCUGGUGGAAUAUGCUUCUGCAGUUUACAUGUCGGAUUUAACAGAACUUUUUACUUGGACCUGUUCAAGAUGUGAUGGCCUGACCAAGGGUUUUGAAGUUUUAGAGCUCGUUGUUGAUGUUCAGAGCUGCCUGCAGGCCUUUGUUGGGGUGGCAGAUGAUCUUGAUGCUAUUGUUAUUGCAUUCAGAGGCACUCAAGAAACCAGUAUACAGAAUUGGAUUGAGGACCUCUUCUGGAAACAGCUUGACUUUGAUUAUCCUGGGUGCACAGAUGCCAAGGUGCAUCAUGGAUUUUUUAAUGCUUACAAUAAUACAAUUAUGCGGUCUGGAAUUCUUGAUGGUGUUAAUAGAGCAAAAGAGAUAUACGGAGACCUAAAGGUUAUGGUGACAGGGCAUUCAAUGGGAGGGGCUAUGGCUGCUUUUUGUGGCCUGGAUCUUGCGCACAUUUACGGAUCCAAGAACGUUCAAGUUAUGACAUUUGGACAACCUCGAAUUGGCAAUGCUGCUUUCGCGUCAUAUUAUAGUGAACAUGUACCAAAUACGUUUAGAGUGACACAUGAACAUGAUAUGGUGCCUCAUCUGCCGCCCUAUUAUCGCUACUUCCCGGAGAAGACAUAUCAUCACUUUCCAAGAGAGGUGUGGCUCUAUAACGUUGGAUUUGGAUUUCUUAUUUAUGAAGUUGAGAAGAUCUGUGAUGGUUCCGGUGAAGACCCUGAAUGUAGCAGGUCAGUUUCUGGAAACAGUAUAUCAGACCAUCUGUCUUACUUUGGUGUCGAAAUGGGUUGCGAUACAUCAAGCAAAUGCAGGAUCGUGAUGGCCCCUACUCUUGCUUCGUAUGGCAAUGUAGAUAAUAACGGAAAUUUUGCCUUGUCUAGACUUCCUUCCAAGUUUAUCUUGAAAAUGAAAACCGAGCCAGGGGUCAACAACACCAAUCAUCGUGUAUAUUAGCAUUUUAGAAAGGCAAUGGUGGGGUAUUCAUAUGGGUUUUUGGUUGUAAAUACGAAUGUAUAGUGUUCUUGUUUAUUGAAUAUUUAGUACCACGUCUUAAUAAAGUUGUGUUGCGAUGAUGGUUUAGAAGCGGC